GGCCCGACGCGGCGGGCGCCCACGCGCAGCUCGAGGACCCGGCCGCGGGGCCGCCGCAGGCCGUGCGGCUGGGGCGGGACAGCCUGUGAGGCCGCGCGGGCCGCCCUCGGGGGCGGCGCGGCCCGGCGUGGCGUGGCGGGGGCGCGCAGCUCGAGGUGAGGCCAGGGCCAGCCUGUGAGGCUGCAGGGCUCGAGCAAGGAGAAACGGCCUCAUUUUCGGUUUACAUCUAUGCCCUGUUUCCUUCGUCGAAGGCCGCAAGGCCGGGGCGACACGGCCUGUGAGGCUGCAGGGCCGCCGCCGCGGUGGGCGCGCGAGCGUGCCGCGCGCCCUCUCACAGGGCCCACGUCGAUCCGAUUCGGCAUCGAGUCUGGCUGGCCCGAUCCGGGCGCAUCCCUAAGAUUGCCAUCGCCUUCUGGCGUGUCAAUCUUAAGGAUAGGGAGAAAAUUCUCUGCUUCCCCUCCUCUAGCGCCGCCGCCCGCUGCUGCUUCAGUCGAGGGUGGGGGGGCGGUGAGUGUGGGGGAGGGUGGUGCUGGACGAGGCCCGGAGCAGCCUCCGGCAGAUCUUCCUGCAGACCCCAGCCCCGUGGCGGAUAACGCCCAUGAGCUGGUCUUGCGUAGCCCGUUUGUGCUGUGCAGGCGGUGCGGGGCGUACGUCUCCGCAGAGAGGGGUGCCAAGAGGCUGAAGGACUUGUGCCCGGGCCCCCUCCCGCCUCUCGACAGGUGUAGCCCUGCGGAGCGCGAGCGGCGCAGACGCCGCGAGAAGCUCCUGCAAGGCCUCCAUCCCACCUCGGGUGCGAGCCCGGGGGCUUAGCCUGCUAGUCGGCGCGGGUCUGACUAGCUGUUGGGGGCCUCAGUGGCCCGCUGGCCCGACGGCUAGCUCAGUUUACGGCUCACGGUCUGUUGUUUCUGUGGAGCUUCAGGACGUGGCGCGCCAGGGGAACGCACUCCGGGGGAGGUCCGGGGGGCAGCGGCAUCGGUAUACCUUUUGGUUUCCCCACGUCGUUCGCGGAGUGGGCGGAGCCAUUUGCUCGUCCCGCUGCUGAGGCAGGCGGUCCUGGGCAGGCAGAUUCCCACUCUGCUUUGGUUCCGUCUCGGGUUGCACCGACGGGGCAUCCGCGGCAUGGCUCCUCCGCAUCCUCCUGCCUCCUUGAUGCGAGCUGUUCCCUUCCCCUCCUAUGGUUUACCGGAGCCUCGGAGCUGCCCGAUGCAACAAUCUGAUCACGAGUGUCGGCGAUCGUAAUCAAUCAAGGAUCACGACGUCCGCAGGCACAGCGUUGGCAGAUUCCGUUGCGGCGCUUUUGAGGUGGCUCUGCGUACUCGGCGUGUGUCGAGUGCUUCUGUCUCUGCAUGUCUGCACGCGCUGUCGAUCGGGCCCACGCGCCAGGACUUGCCUCCCGUCUCCUGCUUCCAGAGAUGGGCUGGUAUGGGGGGUGGGGCCGAGGCGGCUGUGGAGGAUGCUGCGAGGAGGCUUCGCUGCGCCCCGAACUCGGGGCCAGGCACCCGUUGACGAGAGCUCCUGCUGGCAGUGCGGGCCGGCGUGGGCUGCCUCCGACCUCUCCCGCUGCGGAGCGCCGCAGGGGCGGCGGCGGCUCUCUCCGGGGGGUGCGGUUGGAGCCCCCCCCCGGAGGGGAAGCGGGUCGAUUUUGACUCUCUGUCGAUGUGGGUGGAUGUUUGCGCAGAGUUGCCCCCGUCUGCCUGCGCGGUUAUCCCUGUGAGGUUCCGUGGCCCUGUUCGCGUUUCGGCCGGUCCCUGCCGUUCGGUUGCUUUCUGGCCAUCGCCUCGUUCGCUGUCGAGCCUUCGUUCGGUCCC